AUGAUUCUUUUUUUCCUCAUAGACCUAAAAGACGAGAACUGGGAGCUGACAACGAAGGACCUUUUCAACGACGUCGUUGUGUUCCUGAAUGCAUACCUCAAGUCGAGCCGCAACAACAGGAUCGUGGUUGUAGGUGGAAAGAGCAUCCUCUUCGACUCCUCAGAGAAUGACAUUUCCGAGAUAUACGGUAUAACAAAGUUCAAGUACGGCUACUGUGUGAGUGACCUGGGAUAUGCAUUGUGCCUUCAUAGAGAUGAGCCAACUCAAAUUGUAAUAUUCACACUUGGAAGGGAGAAGAAGGAUGAAUACCUGAGGUAUCUGAAGUGCAUGUUUGCGGCACAGAGACUUGGUGUGAGAAUUAGUGCAUUCUCCCUAUUCGAGAACAAGACAAUCCUCCAGUGCUGUGCAUCGACGGGAGGAGACUAUUCCACGUCAGAAGACAAGUGCCUAAGGUUUCUGCUGUCUCUUCUUGGCACUGGAGGCAAUAAAAAGCCUCUAGGGUUUCCUGCUGCUUGCUACUGCCAUAACAGGCAGGUAAUACUGGGCCUUGUGUGCCCAAUAUGCCUUUCUGUGUUCUGCAAGUUUAUUCCUGUAUGUAGGAAAUGCAAAAGCAAGUUCAGCUUUGUCAAGUACGAAAAUUGA